AUGGGUGACCCUCCGAAGAAGCAGCAUCGGAAGAGGCCGAAGAAGUCAGUUCCUGGCUUCAACGACGACUCGGAGCACCGACGAGCCCGGCAGCACCAGCCACGUGGACAGCAACCACGCACCGGAAGAUCGCCUCCUGCGUUGCGAUGGAAGCGCGGGCUGAAAGCACGUACGCUACUUGCACUGUCGGCUGACUCGACGAGCUCCACGCCGUCAUGUCCGCCUACGCAAACGACUCCCAGCGGCCAACAUGCCGCACCGUCCGCUUCAACGGACACCACCGCAGAGGCCCCCACCUCGGCUGCCUCUACCGACGCCGGUGCCAGCUGCCCGUCGACUGGCGACACCGACGAGAGUGCCGGCACCUUCUUCUUGCCAACUGCAAGCAUGAUUGGUGCCGACACUACGUCCUCCCGCACGGACGCGACCACCUCGCCCGAGGCAAGUCCUGUCCGGCCGGUUUCUCCACCACUGUCGUCGCCGGCAGCCUGCUCGUCGCCCCCGCUCACCAACACCGAGCCCACUGCACCUGCGGCGGAAAAGGGCUCGCGCUCGGCGGCGGUGCCUGCUCCCGUCGACGACGACGACGACCCAGCUGACGGCCCCUCGCACAACGAGAGCCGGCCGAGAGCGCCCACCCCUGCCCCAGCUGCUGAGGGAACAGGGGAGCUCACCCCCAGAAACUCUCCGCUGCUGCUCGCGGCCGCCGAGGACGCCCAAGCCUGCCAGCCGGCAGUGGGCCGAUCUUACAGUGACGCCCUGCGCGGCCGCAACAUCCAGACAGCCGCGGCUGAGCCAUCACUCGGCCCUUCAACCGCUCCGAGCAGCGACCCCAGGGACACUUUGAUAGCCGCUCUCGCGGCUGCACUCCGUGCCCUCCUUGUCCAGUGCCCAGAUAUCGACGGCAACGAGCAAGAGCAGCGAGCAGACAGAGCAGCGCACGAGAGCAGUGGGGACGCGUGUUCACAUCUCGGGACUGGAACAUUCACGCUGCUACGAGAGCAAUGCAGCGAUGAGGAGGAUGUGACGUCAGGAGUCACGCGACCAAACUUUUCCCGUGCUCUCGUUGCCGCCUGCAUUCCGUCGCGCGCGCGCAGCAUAUUCGGUGGCGGCCUCGCCUUCGUCGCUGUGUUUAGCAUGACAAUGGGUGAAGAAGCACAACGGCUGUUCAUGACCAUGAUAAAGGAGUCACCGCUACCCGCAGCAUCAGCUGUCAUCGAUGCCUUGGCCACUCCUGAGAACGUUGGCGAGAUACCCGACGAGAACACCGCUGCGUCGGACGUGGGCGAGAGGGGACCGCAGCCAGCGCCAGAAGUGAGAAGAGGCGGCGGAGAACGAAUAGCUCAAAGGGAAAAGAGAGAAGAAGAAAAGGAGAAGAGGCGUGCUGAGCGGCAAGCUGAGCGCAUUCAAGAACGCCAGGAACGUCGCAAGAUGCACGAAGAUAAACUUCAGCUCAUCCGUGAGGCCUUGGGGCUCAAGCAAUAA